AACCCGCGCGACUGCGCUACGGACACAUAUGAUCGCGCAGAAUUCACGGACGAGCCUGCGUGUGGAUACGGAUAUUUCAUAAGGUUUAUUUGAAUAAACGGGUGCCGGACGCGUUAACGGAUUGGGUCAGGUGAAGCACCCGAACUUUCCUCUCGGUUCUGGACUCUUAGAAAGUUUGGGACUGUUGCGUCUCUGAAGCUUUUGUGGAGUGAUUCGGAUUUUACGCAGCGGAUUUUUUUGGUAUGAUGAUGAUGAUGGGUCGGCUCGGGCUCGCGCUGCUCUUUGCGGUUGUAUUUGGGGUCGCGCACGCGUUCGAAAACGAGGAGGAAAUGACCUGCGACCCGAUCCGCAUCUCAAUGUGUCAGGAUCUGGGAUACAAUGUGACCAAGAUGCCGAACCUGGUGGGAAACGUGCUGCAGUCUGACGCCGAACUUCAGCUCACCACAUUCACACCGCUGAUCCAGUACGGCUGCUCGAACCAACUGAAGUUCUUCUUGUGCUCCGUCUACGUCCCCAUGUGCACAGAGAAGGUUCCCAUCGCGAUCGGGCCUUGCGGAAGCAUGUGCAUGUCCGUGAAGAGGAAAUGCCUUCCGGUCCUGCAGGAGUUUGGGUUCGUGUGGCCCGACGUACUCAACUGCAGCCUGUUUCCACCCACGAACGAUCAGAAUCACAUGUGUAUGGAGGGUCCGGGCGACGAGGAUCCGCCAUUUCACGCCGUCCGGCCUCUGGCGCCGCAGGAGGAGGAGUGCAUCGCGCUGGGAGCGGGCGUGGAGCAGUACGCGUGGGUCAAGCGGAGCGGCAGUUGUUCGUUGCAGUGCGGGUACGACACGGGACUCUACCGGCGACAGGCCAAAGUCUUCACGGACGUUUGGAUGGCGGUGUGGGCGGUUCUCUGCUUCGUUUCCACCACUUUCACCGUGCUGACCUUUUUGGUGGACUCUUCCCGGUUCUCAUAUCCGGAGCGGCCUAUUAUUUUCCUCAGCAUGUGCUACAACAUCUACAGCGUGGCCUUUAUUGUGCGACUGACUGUUGGACGCGAACGCAUUUCUUGUGACCUGGAAGAGGCAGCCGUGCCGGUUCUUGUGCAGGAGGGAUUGAAGAACACUGGGUGUGCGAUCGUCUUCCUCCUGUCGUAUUUCUUCGGCAUGGCGAGUUCGAUCUGGUGGGUGAUCCUGACGCUGACGUGGUUCCUGGCGGCGGGGCUGAAAUGGGGUCACGAGGCUAUCGAGAAGCACAGUUCGUAUUUCCAUAUCGCUGCGUGGGCGAUUCCCGCCGUCAAGACCAUCGUCAUCCUCAUCAUGCGGCUGGUGGACGCUGACGACCUGACGGGUAUGUGCUUCGUGGGGAACCAGAACCUGGACGCGCUCACCGGGUUCGUCGUGGCGCCGCUCUUCACGUACUUGGUGAUCGGGACGCUGUUCAUCGCUGCCGGUUUGGUCGCGCUUUUUAAGAUCCGCUCCAACCUGCAAAAGGACGGAACGAAGACGGACAAGCUGGAGCAACUGAUGGUGAAGAUCGGCGUGUUCUCCGUACUCUACACGGUCCCGGCCACCUGCGUCAUCGCCUGCUAUUUCUACGAGAUCUCGAACUGGACGGAUUUUCGCCAGUCUGCGCGCGAUUCGUACAUGGCGGCGGAGAUGCUACGGAUGUUUAUGUCUCUGCUAGUGGGCAUCACUUCGGGUAUGUGGGUCUGGUCGGCCAAAACCCUUCACACGUGGCAUCGAUGUUCUCAUCGGCUCGUUCACACCGGACGAAACAACCGCGUCAAACGGACGACCAACGGUUGGGUGAAACCGGGCAAAGGCAACGAGACUGUUGUGUGAAACAAAGAGGGAGAAAGUGCAAGAGACUGAAUGCCUCAGGGAUCGAUGCAGGCUGGAGAAAACUGAGACGAGCUCGCCACCAUGUGGACACUUGUUGUAACUGCGCCGCGGUUUUUCUCUCCCUCUCUCUCUCCCUCUGAUAGAGUUGUAGCACUAUUUGAAGUCGUCUUUAUACAUUUGACACACAAAAUGUUCUUAAGUUUUAAUUUUACACUGGACAGCCCUCGCAUUUUGUAUUUUCUGUGCAAAUACAACGUUCAGUGAUUUAUGCACUACGGCUAAUGUCAAAUAUUCACUGAAGUGCCUUAGUUUCAGAUGGAACGUGCUAGCUACUCAACCAAACCUAUGUGUGUAUGUGUGAGCUAUACCGCGGUAAAGUACCUCAGCCAUCAGAGUCGUUUACCUCACGGCUGCCUGCUCCGCUUCUCCGGUCACUUACAAUACUGGCUGUACUAGACUCCAAAGAGCUUUAAAUCCUGCGUUCACCCCCAACAAACGAAAAUACCUUUAUUUCGGUUGAUGUCACCCAUCUUGAGUUCCUAACAAUUGAAAGUUAACAUUGACUUAAAUUAUUACGGUAUUUUCAGCAUUUCUGCAUAAAUUAUUGCGUAGAGAUCCCAGAAACCACUUUCACAGUAGUUAGUGACAAAGCUAUGGUGUUGUCCAUGUAAGGACACUUCUGUAUUUUACUGUGACAAUAUAAGUAUCUGUUGAGCCACAUAGCAUGGAUGUGACAAUCACUGACUGUGUCCUAUAUAGAGGAGCGCUGAAUGUAUGAACGUGGAUUUUAAAGUGCCUCAGACUCACGCGGGUGGUACACACACACAGUCCUGGAUUUCAUGAAGAAUCUUUACAUCCAUUUGUACAUAAACUGGUGUUUGUAAUAUCUGUAUUUUUGUGUUAUGAAAUGCUAAUUUAUCUUUGUAAAAACUACAAAAAUGUAAAAACAAUAAGAAAUUUAUUUAAGGAGGCUUUUGUAUCGGGAUGAGAAAUUAAAUUUUUGAAAAU